GGAAAUGCGAAGACAUGUAUGUGUGCUUAUUAAUUUUUAUUGAUAUAGACAUAGAAGCAAUGGCCAGGACAAAGACAGGCAAAUACCUUGUCUCAUUGGAAGAACUGGAAAGUAGAGUACAAAUUGUAGAUAUAUUGGCUUCCAUGGUCAUGGUCAUGGUAUGUACCUAAUGUACCAAAUACUUUGGUACAUUUAGUUGGGCACAAUAAGAACUCAUAACGGUAAUUGUUUGUGUUUAAUUAGGCUCGCAUAGAAAUUUACCUUUUGAUAUUAUCUGAACGGUGAUAGACGUUUUAUCUGACUUUGUGGUAGUUCGUUUGAAGCAGUCGCCGGAGCAAGUUGAGCAGAAUAUGAACGGGAGCAGGAUCUACGCCAGCUACCUGGAUAGCAAGCUGAUUGGCAUCCAGGCGGAAGACGCAAAUCAAUAUGUGGUCCGUGCACUGAAGCAUGUCAUCCAGGAUGUGUUCGCACAGCUCAGUACGACGCUGGUAAUAACACUCGCCACCACCGAGGUGAAGAUUGACAAAUGGUUCGAGAAUGUAGUGGGCGAUCUGGCUAGCGCCUGGGAGUCAGUCUCCGUGCAGAUGCUGCAUGUCAACCAUUUGCCCCAUGUGCCCGGACGCAAGUAUUGCAAUCUAUUGCUGGUGGACUCCUAUCAGGCAUUGCUCUCCACGCAGAUCACUGAGGAUAAUGCUGGCUACGAUGAUCACGAGUAUUAUUUCAUCUUCCUACAGACGCGCGAUGCGAACAUUCCGUAUGAGCUGCAGCAAAUCCUGGACCAUUGCCUCAACAAUUUUUGGCUGCACUGCAACGUGAUGGUGCAGACAGCCCAGAUGGAGGUGCUCAUAUAUAGCUAUUAUCCAUAUACCUCGGAACGCUGUCAGUCCGCACAGCCGCAGCUGGUGAAUCGCUUUGAUGGUCAGCGCAUGCUCCAUGCCACCAUGUUUCCGGACAAGCUGCAACAGCUACAUCAGUGUCCGCUCACCGUGGUCGUCUGGAACUCGCCGCCCUUUGUCGAGCUGAACUGGGAUGAUCAGGCGGGGCAGCUAGACGCCAUUGGCUUCGAGAUUACACUGGUUAAGCAGAUGGCACAGCAUCUCAAUUGCAGCUUGAUCCUAUACAAUGUAACGCUCGAGACCAUCGCCAGCUAUCAAAAGAACUGGGGCAAUGGGCGCCGACCGAUGGGACCACUGGAGCUGCUGAUGAAGCGACAUGCUAAUCUGAGCGUGGGCAACUUUCGCAAGACACCUGGUCGCAAUCGCAUCCUCACCUCGCCCAUGGCUCACUAUUAUGCUCCGCUGGUUGCCACCGUGGCCAUUAAACACUUUCGCUUUGGCCAACUCACUUUGCUGUAUUUUCCAUUUCAGAGCGGCGUCUGGUUGCUGCUGCUGGUGGCUGUGGUGCUGCAUGGCCUGAUCUAUAUGUGGCGCUGGCGUCCAAUCGGCCUGCAGGUGUUGGAGCUGCUAUUGGGCGUAACGUUGGUGCGUCUGCCACGAUCCUGGCUGCAACGUGUCAUCUACGCCCAUUGGCUCUAUGGCAGCAUCCCAUUGCGUGUGGUCUAUCAGUCGCUGCUAUUCCAUUUCAUACGUCUGCAGCUGUUCGAGCAGCUGCCGGAUUCGUUUGAACAGCUCUUGGAGAGCAAUUUUCGUGGCAUGUGCACAUCGAACAUCUUAGGUAUGCUGCGCGAGAUGCCGCAGGCGGCGCAUAGUUAUGAAAACUACAUUAGCAUCCCAUCGCCCUUCGACGAGGCCGUGCUGGAUACACUGCAUCAGAUGGGCGAUGGUCGGUAUUUUGCAAUCACCGGCCUGGAUCCGGCCACUGCCCAUUUGAGCGCAACUAAUCGUCAGAACAGCUAUCACAUUCUCUCCCAGUACAUCAAUCUGCAGCAGGUGGUCAUCUAUAUGCCCAAGCACUCGUAUUUCAAGGAACUGUUCAACGAUAUGCUGCGCCAUCUGGAUGCUAGCGGCUGCAUUGACUUUUGGCGUCGCGCCGCCUUCGCCGAAUACAGCCGCCGGACUGUGCAACAACGCAGUCUGUCCCAGAUGCAGGACGAUCAGCAAGUGGAAAGACAGAAUGAACAGUUGCGUCAGCUAAUCGGCAUCUACAGCCUGAUUGGAACUCUCUAUGCUCUCUCCAUAUUGAUUUUUUGUGCUGAGCUCCUUUGCCAUCGGCUGACCAAGCGAAAGAUGGUGCAGCGUUUGCUUUAA